UGGGCGGACUGAGCAGUUGGUCGGGGUGGAGGGGAAAAGAUGGCGGCGGAAGGGGUCGCCGGGGGAUCCCGGCGGAGGUGGCGGCGUGAAACGGGGUUGUGCGUCCUAGUGCAGCUUCUGCUGUGGGUGGCCCUGGCCGAACAGAUGGAGGAGCAUCUGAAGCGGGAGCACUCGCUCACCAAGCCUUAUCAGGGCGUAGGCUCUUCAAGCUCUUCUCUGUGGGAACUUAUGGGCAAUGCUAUGGUUAUGACCCAGUUUGUGCGCCUCACUCCUGAUAUUCAGAGCAAGCAAGGAGCUGUUUGGAACAGGGUGCCUUGUUACUUACGGGACUGGGAGAUGCAAGUGCACUUCAAAAUCCAUGGGCAAGGAAAGAAGAAUUUGAAUGGGGACGGCUUUGCAAUCUGGUACACAAAAGAUCGCAUGCAGCCAGGGCCUGUCUUCGGGAGCAAGGAUAACUUUCUAGGGCUGGGAGUGUUUGUAGACACCUACCCAAAUGAGGAAAAGCAACAGGAGGCCCAGAAGAGGAGGUAUUCCUCAGGAAACCAGCGCGUGUUCCCUUAUGUCUCUGCCAUGGUGAGCAAUGGCUCUCUAGCCUAUGACCACGACAGGGAUGGGAGGCCCACAGAACUGGGCGGGUGCACGGCAAUGGUGCGUAACCUCAACCACGACACUUUCCUGGUGAUCCGCUACGUGAAGAGGAGGCUUACCAUCUUGCUCGACAUAGAUGGCAAGCAUGAAUGGAGAGACUGCAUUGAUAUCCCAGGGGUCCAUUUCCCACGAGGCUAUUACUUUGGAGUGUCUUCUGUCACUGGAGACCUGUCAGAUAACCAUGACAUCAUUUCCCUGAAGUUGUACCAGCUGACUGUUGAACGGACACCAGAAGAGGAACGACGGGACAAAGAGGUUUUUCUUCCUGUUGUGGAGAACAUGAAACUGCCUGGAAUGGAGACUCCGCUGGAACCGAUGAGUGGCCUUGCUCUGUUCUUGAUUGUCUUCUUCUCACUGGUUGCCUUGGUCUUUGCCAUUGUCAUUGGAAUUAUCGUCUACAACAAAUGGCAGGAACAGAGCCGGAAACACUUCUACUGAUCACAAAGCGUCUUGGCCUAUUCUACAGGGGUUUUGCCUUCUAGACUGCCGCUGAUGGCAUUGGCAGGGGUGGUAACAGAUGCAGGUGGCGGCUAGUCUACAAGGAGUAUCCUUCCCUAGCCCUGCCACAAGAACUGUAGUCCAUCUGGACCUUGAAAACUUGUAAUGGGAUUGACUUUUGGCUUGGGGACCUGCUUGUUGGGACUCUCAGUUGGGGAGGCAGUUAUACCUGCCCUUUCUACUUUGCCUUUUUUCCAAACUGAGCUCACAGCCCCAGCAUUUGUACAAGACUCAGUGGGUAUUAACAUAUCCUUGAUAAUGUGAUGUGAAAUGAACUUCCAUGUCACUGUGGGUAGAUCAGGAGACCUCCAGCCGACGGGGCCCGCAGUUGGCAACACCUGCUGUCCCCCUGUAAAGACACCUUUGUGGUUGGAAGCCAGGAGCUUUGGUUUGGCAGGGGGCAAGAUGGCAAUGCUUAAUGUGCUGCGGGGAGGAAACCAAGCCAUGUGGUCUGGAUGUCUUGCUGGGGUCUCCUUUUCAGUAGCAUCUUGGGCAAGUCCUUGCCUUGGAAACCUCAUAACCUAUAGCUGUAAGAAAUAGUGACCACUGUUCUCUGAUCCACCACCCAAAUAUUCCUUGUGCUGCUUGUGGGAUAGGGGAAAGAUGGAUGCUAGUCUGGUGAAUCAAUGAAUGUAACUACUCCCCCUCCCCCUCCUCAAGAAAUAGAAGCGUCUCAUCUCCCUCGCUCAUCCAUGCCUUUUAUUUUUUUUACUUGAGGCAUCUGAUUAUUAUGAGGUUGGGCUUAGCAGCUAGACCUUGCCCAAGUAAAUGAUGGUGCCUUUGCUUUUUCCAAAGGUAAAGAGCCUUGAUUAAUCCGCCAGGAAUAAUUGAGAUCAUGAUGACUUUGAUAACUACAUGCGGGUAUCCGCAGGAACUCAAAUAAGGGCCUCUGUUGACUGCGGUGGUCUGAGCCUUGCUGUAAGUCAGGGGUGAUGCCUUGCUCUAGGGCAGGUGGUUGGGUGAUGCUUCAGGGUUUACGAAUGCUCCUUAUGCUCCCUAGUUUUACCCGUCAUUAUGAAGCAGCCCUAGAAUGUUCUAGAAAAUGCAUAUUGUGUUCAGACACACCAUAGUGCCCCACGUGUGUAGUGGCAUUGGUCCUAGAAUCCACUGCAGUUGCACAGUUGUUCCAUAGUAAGGGCUUACUGAAGCCGAAAUAAAAAGGUUUUUACAAAGGUAGAAAGCUGCUUUAAAAAACAAAAAAACUACUGAUCUUAGAACAAACACAUUGUGUUUUCAUUACUGCUAUGCUGCCUCAUCCUUUCUCUGAAGGAACUUGACUGUACCUGCCCCCAGUUGGUGCUACAACACCUCAAUUCCCAGUGACCAAAAGGAUCCUCCCCCCACCCUUGCCCAACACACAUGCACACACAUUAACACACACUCUCUGAUGAGGUUUCCCUUUUUGUAAUGGUCAGAAUUUUAAAAAAAAUUUGGGUCUCAGUGAGAAUUGACCUUGUUUGAAGGAAAUGUCCAUUGUUACUGGGUCUGUUACUGUGGGAGUUGUGUACUGACUUUCCACAUUUCUCCUCCUCUGUUUGCUGGAGGAGUGGUUGUCUGACCUCCCUCUCAUGGAGCUGGCUUUAAAUCUGUAGGGGAGAAGGGCAGUGCUGUGAAAUGGUUCUGAGGAGAACAGCCCGUAGUUGCUUUAUACAGUAGGGCAGCCUUGCCUUGCCCUCAGGUAACUGGAUUGCAUCAUGCUGUCUUAGCACCCCCUUCCCCUUCCUUUUGCCACUGUCAAGAGUUUUAAUAAAGGUCAUGUUAAGAGAU